AUGUCGAAAUCAGCAGCUCUUGAAGCUUAUCCCACUGAAGGCCUUUCUGAGCGCAAGGGAAGACAGCCUCAGAAGUGGUGGCGCCUGGGCGGGAAAGAUGUCAGCCAUGUCUCUGUGAAUGACGGUUAUAUCGACUCGGAUGCGUCCUCCUUUGACGAAGAUGGCGAGGUCGUGAAGAACGUCAACAACGUCUUUGACGCACCUGAAGCUGCAGAGAUCUAUAAGCCAGUCGAAGGGUUUGAGGGCACUCAUCGCUUUGAUCCAUCAGCGACUUGGACGCAAGAAGAGGAGAAGGCUCUGAUCAGGAAGCUGGAUUGGCGCAUCGCCCUUCCCGCCUGUAUCAUGUUCUUCGCGCUCCAGUUGGAUCGUGGCAACAUUACUCAAGCGCUUUCAGACAACAUGCUGAAGGACUUGGGAUUGACCACCGACGACUACAAUAACGGCCAGACUAUCUUCUACUGCAGUUUCUUGUUCGCCGAGCUCCCCUCCCAACUCAUCAGCAAGAAACUUGGCCCGGACACAUGGAUUCCCAUCCAAAUGGUAUCAUGGAGUAUUGUUGCCGCAUCGCAGGCCGCAUUGUCCGGUAAAGCCAGCUUUUACAUAUGCCGUUCCUUGCUCGGCUUGAUCGAAGGAGGGUUCAUACCUGACACUAUUCUAUACCUCUCCUAUUUUUUCAAGAACUCAGAGUUACCCCGCCGCUUAAGUUGGUUCUGGACCUCUUAUCAAUCUACGCAAGUCGUGGGCGCUUUUCUAGCCUACGGUAUUCUCCACUUGCGAGGGCACAGUGGUUUGAAGCAAGGAUGGCGAUAUCUCUUCGCUAUUGAAGGCUCCUUCACCGGCCUCAUUGGUAUUCUGACAUGGCUAUAUCUACCCGCCUCACCAACCCAAACCGCACGACACGGAAUCAAGGGUCUUCUCCGCCCAAAGAAAGGCUGGUUCAACGAGCGUGAGGAGACCAUCAUGGUGACACGAAUCCUUCGGGAUGAUCCGGGCAAAGCGACCAUGCACAACCGACAGGGUAUCACUUGGUCACUGUUCAAGGAUGCUCUCACAGACUACGAUCUCUGGCCACUCUACCUAAUCGGACUAUCGUGGACCAUCCCAUCCACUCCUCCACAAGCAUAUAUCACGCUCACCUGCAAGGCAUUGGGCUUCGACACCUUCGAGACCAAUCUACUCACGAUCCCAGCAUAUGUGCUCUUCAUCCUUCAACUCCUCUUCUGGACCUGGGUAUCCGAGAAGAUCAACCAGCGCGUGCUGCUAGGUGUCGUGAACCAGUUCUGGUGCCUCCCAUUACUCAUCGCCCUAGUGACCCUGCCACCGACGUUCCAUAAUUCCAACUGGUCGAAAUGGGUUAUAUCGACCCUCCUUGUCGGAUAUCCCUACGUGCACGCCAUCCUGGUGGCGCUGACAUCUCGCAAUUCUGGCACCGUGCGGACACGUACGGUCGGCUCGUCUCUGUACAACAUGGCGGUCCAGACGUCGAACAUCAUCUCGUCGCAGAUCUAUCGCGCCGACGAUAAGCCUUACUACUACCGCGGCAACAAGGUGUUGUUGGGGAUUGUGGCAUGGAAUUUCGUGGUCUUCAUCUUCGCCAAGGUCUACUAUGUGCGUAAGAAUAAUCAGCGUGAUCGGAUCUGGGGUAGCAUGUCUCGAGAGGAAAGGAUUCAUUACUUGGCCACUACCACCGACAAGGGUAACAAAAGGCUGGAUUUCAGAUUCGCGUCUUGA